AAAAAGUUUAUAUCUUUGGUACAAAAGGAAUGGAGAUGGCGCCCCCUGGUAGCGACCACAGGAAAAUUGAUUACCUGUUCUUUGGUUAUUUCUUCAUGCAAAUCCCAUCCACAAUUUUAUUCGACAGCCAAGGGCUUUUGCCGGAAUAUUUCUACCCAGGAUUUCUCAGAUCCCUACGCCAGCAUUACCUUGAGUCCUACAGGGACCCUUUCCUGGCCAACCCCUGGGGCCACCCCUGGUACCUGUCCAUCUGCCUGCUGGAGCACUCUAUAGAGCUGCCCUUCUUCUUCUGGGCUGCCUAUUGCUACUACUACGGUGCCAUGAAGAAGCCGGCUGUCGUCCUGCCGUCCAUAUUGUACGGUGUGCACACGGUGACGGCCGUCCUGGCCAUAUGGUGCACGGCCCUGGCUGCAGACUUCAGCGCGUACGCCGACCCCGCCCCACGGAGCCCGGUGGAGCGGCUCAAACUCUGCUCGGCCUACGCCCCCUUCUUCUUCAUCCCGCUCUGCAACAUCUACGACUCCUGUACACUGGCGCUCAAAGAGAAGCAGAGUUAGCUGGUCAGUGGCCUCCAUUGUUAACACAGGUCUCACGGUUCAGCAGACGUUCCUCCCCCCCCCC